AUGGCAGGAGAGCCUAAGAGACGUAACCCGAACCUUUAUUGCCAAUAUCAUCAGGAUCAUGGGCACAUGACGGAGGAUUGCAAAAACUUAUGGGACCAUUUGGAGCAGUUGGUCCGAGAGGGGAAAUUGAAGCAACUAUUGCAUCAUUCCAGUGUUAGGGUAAGCCAGGCAGGCUCAGAAAUGCGUGGGGAUGCUUCUUCAAGACUCCUCCUUGGUACGAUAAACGUUAUUUUUGCUGCCCUAGGGAGGACUGGAUCUUGUCCUUCCAGGGUACUGUCGGUGUUUCGACCUCCAGCCGAGGAUCAUUGCCAAGCAUCUAAGAGAGUCAGGGUGGACAUCCCCUGGAUUUUGGGCUUUUCGGAUGAGGACAAGGUUGGAACCGUACAGCCCCAUGAUGAUGCUCUGGUGGUCACACUGAGAAUUGGUGGGUACGAUGUCAAAAUGGUGAUAAUUGAUCAAGGUAGUGCUGUAGAUAUACUAUACCCAGAUUUGUAUAAGGGGCUAGGUCUGAAGCCAGAGGACUUAGCAACCUACAGUUCCCCUCUGGUGAGUUUUGAGGGAAGGAUGGUCGCUCCAAAAGGACAGAUCAGACUAUCCGUGCAAACCGGUAUGGAUGUGGUGGAGGUGGAUUUUAUUGUUGUGGACUUUUUCUCUCCAUACACGACUAUUAUGGACAAACCUUGGCUUCAUACCCUGGGAGCAGUCUCAUCUACUCUGCAUCAGAAAGUGAAGUACCCAUCUGGAGGCCAAGUAUUGGAGAUAGUAGGAAGCCAAGUUACAGCUCGGCAGUGCCUGGUUGGGGCUAAACUGCCUUUGCAAGAGAAGGAGCGAUUGCUGGAAUUCCUUAGAGCAAAUGUGGAUGUGUUCGCAUGGAGCCCAUAUGAAGCCCCAAGUAUAGAUUCGAAUUUCAUUUGUCAUCGACUCAAUGUGAAUCCUUCCUUGGCCAAUACGGUGGUGGUAAAGAAGAAGACAGGAAAGUGGCGAAUGUGCAUGGACUUCACGAAUCUCAAUAAGGCUUGUCUCAAGGAUCCAUUUCCCAUGCCGAAGAUAGACUAG